UUUAGAGCAUUAUUAUAUGGUGGAAUGAGAGAAUCAUCACAAGAUGUAAUUGAAUUAAAAGGAACAUCUUUAGUAGCUUUCAAGAUCUUAUUGCGCUAUAUUUAUACUGGUCGUAUGACAUUAACAAAUCUUAAAGAAGAUAUGAUUUUGGAUAUACUUGGUCUGGCUCAUCAGUAUGGUUUUGUCGAACUGGAAACGUCUAUUUCUGAAUAUCUGAAAGCAAUUUUGAACAUCCGUAAUGUUUGUAUGAUAUACGAUACAGCAAAUUUAUUCCAUUUAUCAUCAUUGGCAGAAGUAUGCUGCUGUUUUGUUGAUAAACAUGCCCAAGAAAUUAUUCAACAUGAAUCAUUUUUAUCAUUAUCAUCAGCUGCAGUAAAAGAAAUGAUAAGUAGGGAUUCAUUUUGUGCACCAGAAGUCGAUAUUUUUCGAGCUGUCUAUAAUUGGACACAACAUAACUCUGGAAUAGAACCACAGGAAAUUUUAUCUUGUGUUAGGUUACCCUUAAUGACAUUACAAGAUCUUUUGAAUAUUGUGCGUCCAACUGGAUUGGUUAAAGCAGAUAUUAUUCUCGAUGCAAUAAAAUCUCGAACUGAAAGCCGUGAUACCGAUCUGAAAUAUAGAGGCUAUUUAAUUAUAUCAUAUGCAUACUACAUAGAAGUUUCAAUGGAUCAGAAAGAUUGGAUACGAGUAGUAGAUCACACACGAUAUCUUUGUCACUCAUGGCAAAAUCUUUAUUUUGAUGAACGUGUUGUUAAAUAUAUUCGAAUUGUUGGCACUCACAAUACAGUUAACAGGGUUUUUCACGUUGUGGCGUUCGAAUGCAUGUACACAAACAAAUUUUUCAGGCUGGAGAAAGGUCUGAUAGUUCCUAAUCAUAAUGUGGCUACUAUAACAUCCAGUGCUUGCGUCAUUGAAGGUGUCAGUCGUAGUAGGAAUGCACUUAUUAAUGGCGAUACUGAAAAUUAUGAUUGGGAUUCAGGUUAUACGUGUCACCAAUUAGGAAGUGGAGCAAUAGUUAUUCAGUUAGCACAACCAUACAUGAUUGACUCUAUGAGACUUUUAUUAUGGGAUUGUGAUGAUAGAAGUUACAGUUAUUAUGUUGAAGUAUCUAUAGAUCAACAACAUUGGACUAUGGUUGCUGAUAAACAAAGUGAAAAGUGCAAAUCUUGGCAGACUAUAUGCUUUGCUCCAAGACCAGUGGUAUUUAUACGGAUCGUUGGCACUCAUAAUACAGCAAAUGAGGUAUUUCACUGUGUUCACUUCGAAUGUCCUGCUCAGACGUCUGCCGCAUCGACUCCUCCCUUGCAGGAAACUCCAGAAGAUCCGACGACGUGUGAUGAAAAUGUCGAAGAUGAAUGCACAAAAUAUUCUCCAACUUCACCAUUCUGUCACAUUUAAACCUAAACCAUUUUUAUACAAAAAAAAAAAAUUACUGUAAAUUAAAAUAUUUUAGGAUUCUGUGGUAGAUUUUAUAUAUAAAAAGAAAAAAAUUUAGUUAAGCGGCAUACGAAAUCUAAACUGUUUUUAUCUUUAUACUUAUACAGUGUCAUAUUUGUUUGUUUACAAUGUUUUUCGAAUUACUCAGUCUUUAGAACGAAACUAUUUAUUUUGAAUAGACUCGCUCGUAUUAAGAUUCUUCAGAUUUACAAACCAAGUUUGCUUCUGUUGCGUACUGUACAAUACUUGUGAAAAAUGUAUGAAGGUGUUAUUUUAGAUAUUGAUGUAAAAAAAAAAAGAAAGCCAAUUUUCCUUUUUUUUUCCUCUCUUUCGGACAAAAUAUUUUAAUUUUUAAAUAUUUCUACAAUUCAUGUUGUUGAUACAUUAAUUUUGAUUCCUUAAAUUCAGUGUUAUUAAUGUUCAAAACAUUCUUUUCUGUCAAAUAUUUUUAAAAAAGUAAUAUAUAUAUACACUGUAUGUACACAGACAUAGAUUAAUAUAUGCAAAAAAAAAAAGUGUAACAAUGUACAAAUGUUUGUUAAUUUAUUCUUUCUUCACAGCAAGUGUAAAAAUUGCUCUUUAUUGUUCAUUCUACAUGUUUUAAUUAUGUAUGUUAAAGAUGUGCAAUAUUUUAAUCUUUUUUUUUUUUUUUUAAACAUUUUUAAUAUGAAUUUUGAUUGCAUUUGGAAGUAGUUUUGUGUAAAGAAUUUGAAUUCCGAACUUAAUAAUUGUUGUAAAGUACAAUAGCAUAGUUUCACUUCCAAUGUAAUAGUAGGCGGCAAUUGAUUGUAAAACAUAAAUUUCAU